GGAGCUUUGCUGUCUGGGGGGGUCUCUUCUCCAUGAUCGACUGCAGCAUGGUCAGGAUGAGAGGGAAGGAAGAUCCCUGGAAUUCCAUCACCAGUGGAGCCCUGACCGGAGCCAUUUUAGCUGCAAGAAAUGGGCCCGUGGCCAUGGUCGGCUCGGCUGCCAUGGGAGGAAUUCUCCUGGCUUUAAUCGAAGGGGCUGGCAUUCUGCUGACCAGGUUUGCCUCCACACAGUUCCCAAACGGCCCCCAGUUGCCAGAGGACCCCUCCCAGUUGCAGCCCACUCCCUUCAGCGAGUACAGACAGUACCAGUGA